AUAUAUCUGAGUGUCACAUUUAUUACUUUCCUUUUUGAAAUCCUUGUCACAACUAAGCCCUGAUGUGUUGUUUGUUUGUAUAUCUCUCUGGGUUUUUUGAGUAAUCGAUGAAGCACAAAAUGGAGAAGAAUUCAGCUGAAAAAGAAGAAACCAUUGAAAUGUACGAUCAUGGUGAUGAUCAACAACAACAACAGCAAAUGGGUAAUUUUCUACUCUUGAACAAGAAACAUAAAAUGGAUAUGAAUUUGAUACAAUUCAGUAGUAGUAAGUCCAUAUCAGACUUGCCAUAUCAACUCCUCAACGAGAUUCUUUCAAGAUUACCUUCCAAGACUGUUCUUUCUUGCAAGUCUGUGUGUAAACCAUGGCUUUUUUUUCUCUCUAGUCCUGAUUUCCUCAAAACCCAUUUCGAGAAAUCCUCAAUUUGUGCUCUAAUUCUCUCCUAUGGCAAUCGAGGAAGCUCAAUUCCCAAAACCCUUCACUUAAUCGAGGCCCAAACCGUUUCUGAUAUCACUGAUGAUGGUGAAUUUAUUUUCAAUGGUGAUGUCAAGGUCAAUCUUGUUUCUAAAUUCGAUCACCCUAUGAAGGACCCAGAGAUUAAGCUCAUCCCCAAUUAUACUCUCCCCUGUAGUUGGCUCACUGUGGUGAAUUCAUGCCGCGGAUUGGUCUGUAUGGUUACUUCUGAUUGUCCUACUCUUCUUGUUGUUUGUAAUCCAAUUGAUGGCGAUUACAUUACAGUUAGCACAACCCAUUUGACCUAUGCUUUUCUUAUUGGACUUGGUUUUGGUCCCAGUACUAACCAGUACAAAUUGUUGCGAAUGGCCCAACGACAGGUUAUCGAACCGGUCCAUGAGGAGUGUUGGUUCAGUUGGGGGACUGAAUUGUACACAAUUGGGAGUGGAAGAACAUGGAGGAGGGUCGAAAAUGUGCCUGAUUUGCAGGUAUUCUGUCAUGUUAGACCAUCAUUUAUUACUUCUGUGAAUGGGUUUCUUUUUUGGUUGUACGAUGACUAUGAAUUCAUAGAUUCUUUUGAUUUCGAUAAUGAGAAGUUCAGGCGUGUCUUGCCGCCUCAUGGGUUUCAUGGUGUAAGGGGCUUUGUGAGUUUGGGAGUAUUAGGUGGUUCUCUAUGUCUGUCUAAUGCUUCUUCUUUGAAAAAAUGUGAAAUUUGGAUUUUGAAGAAUAACGGUACUAUACAAGAGUGUUGGAUUAGAGCAUAUGUUGUCAAAAUAUCAACUGAGGACAAUGGUUGGGGUGGUUUUUAUAAGCCUAUAAGAUACCUCAACAAUGGUAAAGUAUUGAUGUUCUAUUCCAGAAAUGCCCUAGUUGUUUAUGACCCGGUCAAACAAACUGCGAGAUACCUGAAGAUCCCAGGGGUUCAACGAAAAUGCGAAGCAAUUCCUCAUAUUCCAUGUCUUGUUUCUUUGAAGGAUGUCAUGGGGGAUAAUGCAAAGUUAUUGAAUAUCAAAUCAAGACUGUGGCUAGCAAUUGGCAAGAGUCCAAUUGUGGAGCUCUUUUUGGAGAAAGCUUUCAGCUGUUUUGCGCGGCCUGUUAUCUCAUGGAGAUGAGGGUCAACACAAGUUGUUGUUUGGGAUGACUGUGGGUGGAUGUGCAACUGCAGUUUUGUUUUUGGGUGUUGGUUGGUCCUUACCCGCCUCCUGCCUCCCCUGUUUCAGUUGGUUUUAGCUUGUUGCCUUAGGGUGUGUUAGUUUUGCUUAGCCAUUGUAUUGUGAGUUUAAUCUUUUAGGUUCAGUGUUUUGGUCUUGUGAACCCUUUGGCUUGGGUGUCGCUUUUUGAAGCUAUGUUGACCGGUGGGGUCGUGUCUUGAGCAUCAUUGUAAAAUGACACAAAACGCACACGUUAGGGAUUAUAUAUGUAUUUUAUUACUAUUCCAGUAAUGAUUUAAAGGGCUAUCUAAAAUUGGACCACUGUAGAUUUUAUUCAUGAACUGGUUGGCCUGGCCUAAAGGCCUACAAUCAUUUUGAACGGGAGGAUUUCCCUGCAUAGCUCAUACAAACUGACCAUACAUGUAUUUUUAUCCUUCAAAGAAUUGUAAAUUCUCUAAAUAACUACUAGUUCUUACCUGUUGAACUUGUGCUUAAAAAUUUCUCCUUAACACUAGGGAUAUUUCAUGAUCUUCAAUUCAUGGUCAUGGCACACAUGUAAAGAAAGCCUUGAAGAAAAUUAUCAUUUCGUGGCAAAUUAUUCUUUCCUCCCAACUCUUUUUAGUUGGUUUUGCAUGUGAGGGUAGGUGUUGUAUAGAUGCUCCACAAGCUUCAUGUGGCAUUCUAAUUUCAAACAACAGAAACUGGCACAGUGAGAAUCUAUUUUGUUUGAAAACCAUUCUUGUUCCUUAUGCUCUGGAAAAAAGAGAAGCUUUUGUGUUUUUUGUGGGUAUUUGAGAAGUUGCUAUUUUAGUAGGCUAUUUUAGUUUUUGGCUAUUUUAGUAGACUAAAAUUUUUGUGUUUGGGAAGAUAGUAGGAUUUUUUUGUAGUUGGAUGUGAUA